CUUCGCUCUCAUUGGCGGAGACAGACGAGGUGCAACACCAAUCAAAUACAAAUCUCGUCAGUAGUGGAAAAAUGGCCGCCUUACCGUCACCGACCCAGGUGGCUGGGAGUCAUUAUCAAAUAUAUGAAGCCUUCUAUAAUCAGGUGGAUCCCACUAAUUCUGGCACUAUCGGAGCCUUAGAGGCUGCAAAGUUCUUGAAAAAAUCAGGAUUAUCCGAUGUCAUUCUGAGAGAUAUUUGGGAUCUCUCCGAUCCAAAUGGGAAGGGUUUCCUGACUAAACUUGGAUUCUUUGUCGCUUUGAAACUAGUCUCCUUAGCUCAAGCAGGGAAAGAAAUCUCAACAGCAAAUAUCACUGUUGAUGCUCCUCCGCCAAAGAUGGGGGACGUAUCUGUAAUGAGUAAUUCAUCCUAUCCAGCUGCUCCUAUGGCUGCACCAAUGGUACCUCCAAUGGUUCCUCCAAUGGUACCGCCUAUGGUACCACCCAUGGUAGCCCCACUGGUAGCAAACGCGAGUGAUUGGACCAUCAAACCAGUGGAAAGAAUGAAGUACGAUAAACUGUAUGACAUGAUGCAGCCAAUCAACGGCAUUGUACCUGGGAACAAGGUCAAACAGCUACUAAUUGAUUCAAGGCUACCCACUGAUGCCUUGGGUAAAAUAUGGGACUUGGCAGAUAUGGACAAGGAUGGUUCUUUUGAUAAGCAUGAGUUUACUGUGGCAAUGCAUUUAGUUUACAAAGCACUAGAAAAACAAGCGGUCCCUGACGUACUACCACCAGAGCUGCUGCCCCCGACGAUCAAGCGAGACUCAGUUUCAAUACCAGGCUUGCCUCCAAACGCUGUCCCAGUGCUUCCAAUUAUUCCGACUGACAUUGCGAAACCCGUUCAGCCGGUUCAGGCAGUCCAGCCCCCUGUAGCUGCAAUUCCAUGGGUCGUGACACCUGAAGAGAAAACUAGGUUUGAUGCACUAUUCACUCAGUCUGAUUUUGACAAGGAUGGUUUCGUAUCGGGUGCUGAAAUCAAAGAUGUAUUCCUCAAGUCAGGAGUACCCCAAGAAGUGCUCGCAGACAUCUGGAACCUCUGUGAUACAGGGCAACAAGGGAAGUUGAACAGCGAACAGUUUGCCCUUGCAAUGUGGUUGAUCAACAGGAAAUUGAAAGGAUUUGAUCCUCCAAAAGCUCUCACUCCUGAAAUGGUGCCUCCUUCGUGUCGUGCAAAACCGCAGGCUGCUGAAUUGACAACAACAACUCCGUACUCAAACCCUGAAAUUGAGAUGAUUAGCAAAGAUAUUGAAGCUCUAGCUAAAGAAAAACUGAAUCUAGAAACGGAAAUAGCCACAAAAGAGGCUGAAAUCAAUAUCAAAUCUGGAGAAAUUAAAAGUUUACAGGGUGAGCUGGACGCUUUAUCUGCAACUCUGAAGCAAUUAGAACACCAGAGAGGAGAGGCGCAGAAUAGACUGAAUGAUUUGCGGAAUCAGAGCGCGCUAGUUGAGUCUGAAUUAGCCGACGUCAAUUUGGAGUUGAAAGCAGAACAAGCUCAGGUGGACAAACUCCGCACCCAAGCCGAAGAGCAGGAAACCAUGCUAAAAUCUCAAGAAGCGGAACUGAACUCGAAGAAACAAGAACUGGAGGGACUCAAAAACGAAGAAAUCCGACUGGAGCAGCAGCAAAAUGAAUUCAAAAAUAAGAUAGACUCAAUUAAUUCAAGUCUCCAAGAGUCACAACUACAAAUUAGUCAGGUAAAAGCUAAAGUAUCAGCACUAGAGGAAACCCAGCGGCAGAUGAAAGAUGCUAUAGCAUUAGCCGAUUCAGCGAUAGCAAGUGGCGAUGCUUCGGGCAUUUCUGAGUCUUCUCUUAGUAUCGAACCUGAAUUUAGAGACUCAUCUUAUACCAAAAUUCUUCAAGAAACCAGUCAGAAAAAUGUGUUCUCAGACAAUAAAGGUGCAUUUGAUAACUCUCAAACUAAGAGUGAUGAUAGUUUUGUAAAUAAUAAUGCUUUUAAAACUGAUCCUUUUGCUAGUUCUAAUCCUGAUCCAUUUUCAUCAUCGAGUGAUCCGUUUGCAUCACAAUUUCCAAACAAACCAUCUGAUGGUUUUACGACAGACCCAUUCAAUUCAUUUGGCGGCGGAGCUAAACCAAGCAAUAAGACUGACCCAUUCGGCGACACCUCAAGGGCUGGAGCAAAGACGCCUGCUGACCAAACGGACAAAGACGCUUUUGGUUGUGACCCGUUUGCUAUUCUCCACGCUCCUACAGCUGCGACUUUAUCAACGCACCCCUCUGCCGCGCCCCCUCGGCCUGAAAGUCCUAGUCCUGCGUUGCCUCCGAAGAAGAGCAAGCAACCUCCUCCGAGGCCGGCCCCUCCUCGACCAGCACAAGGCCCCAACAUCCACCACUCAACACCUGCACCGGCAGCCACAACCAACGACCCCUUCGCACCGUUCAAUUCCUCCAACAACAGUUCCAUCAACGAGUUUGCUGACUUUUCGAAUUUUAACAACAAGUUUUCCGACACAGCAAGUACCCUAAGUCGACUGAGCUCAACCUCUAGUUCCCUUAAUCGCUCAACUCUAGAAUUCACGGAAGAUCCUUUCAGAGACUACAGAUAUGAGGACCCUUUCAGUAUUGCCGACCCGUUCGAAGACACAGACUCUUCUGUCGAUGUCCCAUCCAAACCAUCCCAUAACAAAAUCUUCAGUAAUUUCAACGAUGCAUUCGGCUCGGGUUUCGAUGAUGUUUUCAAAAACAACAACAUCAAUAAAAAGUUAAAUGGUUUGUCACUGGAUAACUCGCCGCUGCCAUCGGAAGAAGAGCAGCUAGCAUGGGCUGCAGCUGAAAGUUUGAAACUCGAAGAAGAACGGAAAAAAAACUCAGCGCAAGCCAAAGCAGACAUGGAACUUGCUCUGAAACUUAGCAAAACUACAAGCAAAAAAAAGAGGUUCUUCUCUUGACAUGUAAAAGUUUAAAUGACCCCUGGAUUGUAGAGGAAGUUUUGUUCAUGAAAUGAACUUAACAAAAUGUAGUUGUUUGAUUUGAGAGGGAAUAAUCUGAGUCCAUUAGAGUGUUACUGUUAACUUCUCAAAUUUUCCUAAAAUGUAUUCUAUCGUCAAUGUAUUUAUACUAUUAGAUCAAAUUAAAUUUUUUCAGUGUUAACUUUCCAUGCUUGCCUAACCAUAGUCCAAAAAUCUUUUAGUUGUAUGCUUUUCAUCCUACAGUAUUCAUUGUUCUGUUAUCUAAUAUGAAAUAAUGUCAUGCACAGAUGAAUAUUUAUGCAAAGAGCCGAGUAUGAGAACUUAUCCAUUUUUUACAUCUUUUUGUGUGAGCAAAAGUCUUGAAUUUUCAGAGAACUGAACAGACUAGAUCAGGCUUAAUCGACGUGGUUUUUCAAGAUUUCUUAGUAGCUGUUGCUUCCAAUUGCGGAUAAUUGUUUCUUUCGAGAGGUAUAUCUAGAAUGAGCUCCCAUUGAUAAUAUACAUUUUAUAUUACCCUCAUAUUUUACCGAAUCAUGUUAAAUUUUUAUCAUUACAUCUCGUGCUUGUCCAAAAAUUAUAAAUCGCAGAGUCGGCUGAAAAUUAAUUUGAAAGGGCCUCAAAAUAUUCUCAAAUUGUGACAAAGAAUGUGUUCAUUAAUUUUGUUGGACUGAAAAUGCUCCCAAGUUUCGGGUAACAUUGCUCUGUUUUGCACUCCUCUCGCUAAUAGUUCUCAGUUUACAUUUGUUCAGAAUUUCGCCCUGUGUUUUUUUUUUCCAUCUUUACCAUAAAAAACAUAUUUUUGGACAGUAAAGGAACAAUUUCAAAAUGGACUCAGAUUUUUCAUUUGUAGGCAUUUUCAAAAGAAGAGCAAUAAGAGCAUACGUGAAACUUUCCCUCUGUUUUCAAUUCAUCGUCUAUCCUGAGUAGUGAACAAUUGCUUUUUAUCUUUAAGUGUCAAGGAGGAUGAUGAAGAAUUUUAGGUUCUCAGCUCAUGCUAAGUUCAUUGUUUUUUAGGUAGUUUAAGAGUCCAGUGAACUGAAUUUGAGGCUGUAUUCUGCAUUCCGUUGAUUCCGUCUAAAUGUUUCUCUUGUCUGAAUUUUGAACGUCUUGCUUUUGUUGUUGUUUUCAAAAUUCUGUUUCCCCAACUGGGAAUUUUAGUUUUGUUAUUUUGUUUAGUCCAUACUAUCAAAUUUGGGUCACCCUCGCCAAUAUUAAGUGGCGGUACUUUUCCUAAAAAUUGUAUCAAUAAACUGUGUCAUACUAAGUCAGUGAUAGAAUGCUCCAUUUAUGUAGACUUCUCUCAACUUUUGUGGGAGAAUCGCCCCUAAGUUUAUUGUUUGUUUGCUACACUAUUUGAUGAAAGUAGCUAGUUGGUCAGUUGUUCCAUUUGUUACCUAGGUGUGGAAACUCCAUGUAUACUAUCAUAAUUUUUAUUUAUUUCCUCAAUACUUUUUGUUUCAAGUCAUUUCAAGCACCAAGAUAAAUGUAUAGCUCUCAUUCUGUAAUACUCAGUUUUAAGGCAAAGCCAUUUCAUUUGAAGGGCAUCCUUGGUUAAAUCUUUUUAGGGUUAGAGUUCACGCAAAAUAAGUUAACGCACUUCUAGACCGCAACAGAGGAUCCGCCAUCUUGAUUCUUGCAUUCUUUUUCCAUGCUGAAUCAACGUCGGAUGAUCUUCUGUCGCAGUCUAAAAGUCCUUUAUCUUAUGAGGCAUGGACACCAGUGGGUGUCAAGUUGUUAAUUUUAAUCGAAAUUUCCGAGUACGAUACAAGAGUUCUAUGCUUUUCCUAAUUUUAAUCUUGAGGAACUACUGUCGAGAAUUUUUUUUACUCCCUUAUUUCUUUAUCUUUCUAACCGUAUUUUUUUGUCUGUGAAUCACAUAUCUUCAUCAUGAAGGAAAGAUUGAUACUUUCUACAAAAGAACAAAAUUGAAAUGUAUUCUUUUUUACUGUUGCAAAGAUACCAACAUUUGGCUCAGUAAAAAUUCUUGUCUGAGAAUUAUCAACUAGAGCAUUUCUCUUAGUGUGAAAAUCCCAAAAUAUCUUUCGAGAACAGCAUUAUGUGUACUUGUAAGUUCUAUCUCUGAAUCAUUUUUCAGUCACUAUAGUUUGAUUAUGAAGAAAGUCAAUGUUAUCUUCUUGUAGGAAACAAAAUUUAAUGGUUUUUAAACUAAAAUAAUAUAAUUCACAAAAUUUCAACAAGACAUCAGAAAACAGCUACUGAGUCAAAGCAUAGUAGUAUGACCGUUUAGGGUAGUAUUCUAUCGGCAAGCCAGUUUUAUUUCGUUAAUUUUUCUCUUUUCUCUUGAAAUUAAUUUAUGAACGAUUGACGGCAACUUCAGAAUUUGUCGCCACAUUUUUGGCUAACUUGCCGUAAGGGUGACUUAGAAUUAGAACUUCAUGUUUGCUUUUUGUUAUUUACAGUAUUGUUACCCAUGUUUUUUCCUCUUUUUUUUAAAAAUAAACUAAUGUUAUUGUUCGUUAAGAAAAAUUCAAAAUCCAUCAGUUUAUGGACAAAAAAGGGAUUGACACACGUUUUGCUCAAUGCCUAGUUAUAAUGCUGCUCAAUCGCAUCAAGUGCUCAAAACAUGGGAGACUAAAAGUACAUUUCGCCUGUAACAUUGCAAAAAUGUGUAUCUUGAUUACAGUGUUUCUAAAUCUCUGCUCCCAUUUUAGUUUAUCCAAGAAAAACAACAGGGUUGCCAUAGUUAGGGAAAACCGGGAAGUGCCAGAUAAUUUUGAAAAGACAAGGAAAAUGACGAAAGUGUGAGGGAAAAAUUGUUUAGUCACGUUUAUUCGCUUUCUAGAAUAGAUUUGACAUUUCGAACUACAAAUUUUGCCUGAAAAUUAUGUCUUUCUAACAAUCUGGCAUACCUUCAAUAAUAGGGAAUUGUACCAAAAUGUGUCCGGGAAAUCAGAGAAAUUUCAGAAAAUUUCAUUUUCUAAAUUUAGUGGAAACCCUGAGAACAAACCAACACUAUUACCUGACAUUUUCACAAAACAUUCUUCUUUUGAAGAAGAAAAAUCAGGGAAGUUUUAAGAAAUUAUUUCCAGUAUUUUUCCAUUUGAAAAAUAAAUUACAUAUGACAGGCAGUUAGCAGUGUUGUAAAUCUAGAUAGACAUUUUUGCAGUUUCACUGUAGAUUUGGAAUAGCUCAUUGAUUAGUGAAACCCAUGUAUGUAAGUCAAAGCUGCAUGGCUAAAAUCUUAAAAUUGUUAAAUUCUUCCUGUUCGUUAAAGACUUUUGCAAAACAAAAAGUUGAAGCCCUUUUCAUCCAACGUGACUGAUAAAUUGGCAGAAUUCAAUUUGACUGAUGGCCAAUAAAAUGAUUUUGCUCUCACUCUUCACAGUAACGGUACAAACAAUCUUUAAAAAAAUACUGGCUCCAGUUUUGUGAUGAUCUUAGCCAUGUUUGAAAAAUUUGGAUCUCUCCAAACUCUGACAGAAGCACUCAAAAUAUCUUUUGUGAAGUCAAAUUAACUCUCCACUGAUUUUUUAGAAACUAUGUGUCUCUCUCAGACUAUACAUGAGUUAUCAAGAGACAGAGAAAAAAAAAAGAGACUUGGUGCACAACACUGCAAAUCAUGUUUUUUCAAAAUUUUAUUUCAUUUUUCUUUCAACAAAUCAGAGGAGCUUUUUAAAAAUGAAGAAUCAAUACUAAAUUCUCAUCGUCUAUCUCAGCGAUCAAAAUUAGUACAACGUUUAAAAUCAUAUGAUCAGUUGAACAAACUAUAAAACCAACAAUUGCUUUUGAUCACUUGCAUGUUUGUAUGUGAAUAAUUAUUUCCUGUCAAGUGAACUCAAGAGAAAAUGAUUCUGGUAAAAAUUAAAAAAUUAUGACCACUUAUGCUGUACUCAAGUAACAUGAGGAAUUUCUUUACUUUUUUGAGCUAGAUAAUGAAAUAUUGACCGAAAUUUUUCUGUUUUUUAGAUCACUGUGCAAGAUCUUCUAAUGCCUUGUGAAAUUUUCUUAAAAGUUCGUCAAAUGAGUCUUAUUUUUACGAAACCAUAGUAUGCUAGUAGUAAGAUGCAUAUCUUAAGAUUUAGUGACCCACCCUAUUUUUUCAGCAGCACUUCCUGUAGAAAAGCGAGAUUUCCUACUAGAAAAUUUCAGUUCAUAUCUGUGGACAUCAGUUCAGCUGUUUUGAUUCUGAACGUUAACACGUCAGUGAUUGAAUUGAAUUGGUAAUCAGUUUGAUUCCCUAUCUUUUGAUUGAUGUAAUCUUAUUCCAAUAAGAACCAAAUACCUUGAAGUUAUAUCGAUCAAACCAUAGUCAAAUAUCUAAUUAAUUGUCAGUUACUCGUACCUAAUUUAUUUUUUUGUAAAUAUUGUUUAGCUAAAUUUUGUCACUCCAAAUGCUUCAUUUAUUUGUUUCCUCUUCGCCUUUUUGGCGCAAGGAGAAUGUUUGGCAUCCAGGACUUGUUUUAUACCCUUUCUAUCAUGAUCUUCGCAGACUAUUCACUCGGUGUAUUGUAUCUAUCCACCAGACAUCAGAUACAGUCGCCAAUAUCAUUCUCUUAUUAUCUGAAUGCACCUCUCAAUGGGAUACGAAAUUAAGAACCACAAUGGUCUCUUUACCAACUUUUUACGCAAAAUAUAAGGGACACGUGAGCAGGCACUUUCAAAUUUUAACUUGUAGGUUAGAAAAUAACCGUUUUUGUCUCCGUUAAUUUCCACUUCUCGUUCACAAAGUCUAUGCAAGUCUAAUCGGGCACAAGAGUAAUUUCCGUAUUUUUCACAAUAAAAGAAUUUUUCUAUCUAUAAACUUUUUUUUGAUCAAAUUAAUGUUACUUUGUAUCAGAAAAGGAAGAAAAUAUGUGUGAAACUAAGCUUUAGUUAUUUCCCUAAUGUAUAGGUUGAUUUCAAUGCCCAAUUCACCCUAUUUCAACCAUGGUUUUUUUUUGCAAGCGGUUAAGUUGAAAUGUACUGUUUUAAAUUGUUUAUAAUUUGAAGCAAGAACUUUUAUUUCUAAUUUACGAGUUACCUUUAAAAGUUUUCGAUACAUCUAACGUUUUCUGCAUAAAAUUUUUAUCAUAAAACAUGCUAGUGCUUAAUUUCUCACCUUGUUCAGUGGUCCAUUGAAUCAGCCAUUUCAAAAACAGCCUCUCUCCUUUUCUGUACUGUGUUCUUUUCAAUCUUUUUAGUUGAAUUCAGACUAUUCUUGAGUUCUGUUUUUUGCUAGCUAAAAAAAAAUCCUCAAGUUUUUAUCAAGACCUCUAGCAAAAUAAAAAAUGUAGAACACCUAGCACUCACUGAAAAUAGAGAUCGGAAAAAAUGUUUUAAGAGAAAGAGAUAAGAUGUUCCAGAAAUUGCUUAUUCUUUUAGGACGGAAAGUUUUUUUAACCCAAAAAAUAAAAUGAAAAUAACUUUCUGAACACUUCCUGAAUAUUUGUCAGUCAAUGAGGUGAUGUUCGGUGCAUUGCCUGAUUUUUAAAAUUAUGUUUAACUAACCUUUAAGAGUAGCCUGUAAUAAAGUACAAAGUAUUAAAAGGCGUAUUCUAAAAGUCAAGGAAAGAAACGGACUCUAUCUUAAUAGUUAAAUUUUUGAUCAGUCUGGUUUUUUUCCAAAGCUAAAAUGAGGGUAGAAAAUUUAAAUUACAGGAUAACUCUCUCAGAGAUUUUUGUAGCUUCUGUUCCUCGGAUUUAGCAUCCGUUUCUUCUCUUAAAACUAUUGGAAUGUGUCUUGGAAUCUUUUGUACUCAGAUUUAGAUCGAAAUACCUAGAUUGUUCACAAACAGUAUACUGACAGUAUAACUCGAGCAUCUUUAAAUUAGUAACAGUCCCUGGAGUAGAUUUUACUUCAGCUGUGCAGUUCAGAGGUGUGUUGAACGUUCAAUAAGAAUCCUUCAACAGCUUUUUGUAGGUUUUAUAAAUCCUCGGGCUUGUACCCAGCAAUGUGUUGAGCAGAGACACUAUAUUUUUUAGUGAAUUUUAUUGAAAUCGCUGUUUUAACAAAUUAUUUGUACUACUUCCAUGCCGUAUCUAGGCGUGGUAAAAGCUCUCUUUUCUAUUAUUUCUUUCGGCUCUCUUCAUCCAGUAUAUGCACUCAGGGAGAUACAUCAUGCCUCUAUCUGUGAGACCUUAGAAAAGUCAACCGAAGGUCAAGUUCUAAAUUAUUGUCUCUUCUGUCUAUUUGUCACAAAAUUAUUUUCUUUCUAAGUAUUAAAUUAUUUGCAUAAAGAUCGAGAGCAGUAAGAACACGCUAAUACCCUCAAUAAAGACCUUGGAUAAAAUCUUUCAUUUUUGCGCUGUCUGACUCGUAUAUUAUACAUCUUGCUUAUGUAACCACUCAAAGUUACAAGCUUCUGUCUCAUAAGAAACUUUGUGCCUCUGGUUUUAUGGUAGAACGCAUAAAGACUGUAUCUAUUGCAGGUGAAUUAAGAAAAGUUCAAAAACUAUUAUUACAGCGAAGCCAAGCAAUAUACCCUCGCGAGCUCAAUUAUUAUCCUUGCAAAUACUGAAAUUGCUAGUUAUUCUCUCAAAUGACACUCAUCAUCUGACUAUCAAGUCAAAAGAAGAAUAUCUCAUCGCUCUUACGAACUUUUACCAGGGGUUGUCUCUAAUUACGCCUCACUCGCAUCUCACUAAACGAACGCUAGUUUAGUUCAAGUUUUUGCGUGACAGUACAACAUUCAAAAAUAUUUCCCAAGGCCCCAAAUAGUAGCUUGUCAGUAAAAGUGUGUACUUUCAGUAAGAAUUGGUUUUCACCUCAAUUCUGCUAAACUUGAAUCCCUAAAAUCACUGAUCUUAUUCUGUUGUCAAUACAGCAGCCUCCUAAUAUUCGUAAUUCUAUACAGUUGCAUAAUUUUUCUUGGCAGGGCGGCUUUACACUUAGGAUAAUUAUGUUACUAUAAUGCGAUGUGCUCUUGUUCAUAACGGAAAUACUGGUGCCGUAUUUUUUGUGUGCAAGUUUUCAAAAAAACAUCAGUUGCUUUGAUAAUUUUGGAGCUCAAUUUAUAGCUAUUUAACAGCAACGUCGCCUGACACCGCAGCUGUUUUGUUUGAUGAGAUUUUUUGUACUUAUUCAACGUGACUUGUCUGCGCAUUUUAUUUCAUACUUGUUUGAACCAUAACGUACUUGUUAUGUGAAAUAUGAUGUAUGUAUUUUAUUAUGUAUAUUUCUGUUACCUCUAUGUUAUCUAAAUGUAAGUUUACUUUAAAAUGUAUUUAUUUAUGUAUAUUUAAUUAAAGUAAUAACUUCAAGUUGUUUCGAAAAA